AUGAGAACGCUACUGGACAGCAGCUGGAUAAAGUUUGGGCCAGCCGGCAGAGGGUCCAUUGAUUGGGUGACUGGGUCACCUUCUCCCCCAAUGGUGGAGAGACAGUUACAGGGCGACAACUGGAAUGAGCUGAACCUCGAGCAGGAAGGGAGGUCAGGGCUGCUCCUCUACGUGGUCCUCCCCGUCGCCUCCCUCCUCAUGCUGGGCCUCCUGGUACUCCUGGCUUACUGGAGGUGCUCCCCUCCAAAGCUCAGCCUGGACCUCCAGGACCCCGAGAGCAGCGCGGAGUUUCUCUCCUCGCUCACCGGCCACGGCGAACGCCGCACCAGCACCAGCUCUGACAUGUCGGACAGCAUGUUCGUCAUGGUCUACCUGCCGCCGCCCUACGAGGAGACGCUGACCAAGAUCACACGCGCCACCAGUCUGACCAGUCGGAAAGAGUCCAUGAACAUAGAGGACCUGGAGGCCCGGCUGUGUCCGGAGAUCAAGUCCAGUGGACGCUACGUGUGA